CUUUCGAUGCAAGUACAUUGAACUUGGGUCCCCCGUCACCGCGUAUCGAAAGCUCGCCAUUAAAGAAGACCUUCACGCCUCUCUCCUCGAACGACCCACCAUUUUGUUCAUCUCCUCCCUCUGUUAAUCUUCUCCCUUUUUUCUUUUUGCCCUAUCUUCUAGGGUUUCAAGAAUUCCCCGUGUUCCUUCGCGCGUUCAUGAACCCGAGUCUUCGACGGCAAUACCACUCUGAUUUCGCCUUCGUCGUCUUCUUCUCUUUCUUCGUCCUCUUCUCUCGAAUUUUUGCUCUCUUCGGAGGGUUUGGUUUUCCAGCGGUGUUCGAACCUUAUCCAUGUCUGGGCUCUUCAGAUUCAGUGGGGAUGAAGGCUAUUUCCCUGGAGGAUCGAUGUGUCUAUCCCCGGGAAGCAAUAUCGGUGUAUAUUAUCCAGCACGAAAGCGAUCAAGGAUCUCUGCCCCAUCUCUAUUCAGCGGAUUCGAGCGGAACCAAGCUUCAAUCGAAGUCCUGCCAGACGAGUGCCUUUUCGAGAUAUUCAGGCGGUUGCCCUCUGGCCAAGAAAGGAGUGUAUGUGCUUGUGUGUCCAAGCAAUGGCUUGGCCUUUUGAGUAAUAUCCGGAGGGAAGAAGCGAGUGGCUCGAAAGAUGAGUUUCAAGAAGUAGAAGAUGAAGGGCAUUUGUCAAGAAGCUUGGAAGGAAAGAAAGUGACAGACUUGAAGCUAGCAGCUAUCUCGGUUGGAACAGCCAGUCGAGGUGGAUUGGGGAAGCUUUUGAUCCAAGGGGACGGUUUUACCAGCAAAGUGACAGAUGUUGGCCUUCGAGCAAUCGCCCGUGGCUGCCCGUCUCUUAGGGUUCUUUCCCUGUUGAACUUGUCUUCAGUUGGUGAUGUGGGUCUGUGUGAGAUUGCGCAGUCAUGUCUACUGCUUGAAAAACUUGAACUUUCACGAUGUGCAGGAAUAACUGACAAGGGUUUGGUUGCGAUAGCCGAAAACUGCCCGAAUUUGAUUGACCUGACUAUUGACUCAUGUUCAGGUCUUGGAAAUGAGGGUUUGAAGGCUAUUGCUCGACACUGUACCAAACUUAGAUCUAUCUCUAUCAGGAACUGCUCACGGAUCGGAGAUCAAGGAGUGGCAUUUCUGUUGGCUCAACCUGGUUGUUCUUUGAGUAAAGUUAAACUUCAGAUGCUGAAUAUAACAGAUCUGUCUCUUGCCGUACUUGGGCAGUACGGAGCAUCGGUUACUGAUAUCGUGCUUAAUGGUCUUCGAGGUGUGAGUGAGAAAGGCUUUUGGGUAAUGGGAAACGGAAAAGGGCUUAAGAAACUGAAGUCCCUCUCUGUCACGUCGUGCCAAGGCAUGACGGAUGGAGGGCUCGAGGCCGUGGGGAAUGGUUGCCCGGAUCUGAAGCAGCUUUGUUUGAGCAAAUGUUUGCUUGUCUCUGGAAAUGGACUCGUCUCUCUUGCCAAAUCUGCAAUGUCACUGGAAAGUUUGAAACUUGAGGAGUGCCACAGGAUCAACCAAUAUGGUUUCUUCAGCUUUCUUGUGAACUGUGGCUUAAAGUUGAAGGCUUUAUCUGUGGUGAAAUGUCUAGGCAUCAGGGACAUGAACCCAGGUUCACCUCUCCCGUCAACCCGUUCCAACUCUUUGCGCUCGUUGUCAAUUUCCCAUUGUCCCGGGAUUCGGGAUUCGAGUCUUGCUCUCUUGGGUAAGUUCUGUCACCAGCUUCAGGAUCUUGAACUCUGUGGACUCAAUGGAGUUACAGACUCUGGCCUUCUCGAGCUGAUUCAGUUCAACAGUGCCGGUCUCUUGAAGGUUAAUCUGAGUUGUUGCCUCAACCUCACUGACAGUGCAGUCUCAGCCAUUGUCACCCGACAUGGCCUCACACUUGAGUCAUUGAACCUCGACGGAUGCAGGAAUAUCACAGACGCAAGCCUAGUUUCAGUUGCCAAGAACUGCUAUUCAAUCAACGACCUUGAUGUGUCGAAUUCCCGUGUCUCGGAUCUCGGGAUCGAAGCCUUGGCCACUUCUCCCAACCAUCUGAACCUUCAGAUAUUUUCCAUCGGCGGCUGCUCAGCGGUUACGGACGAGAGCCAGGCAUCCAUUCAGAAACUGGGGCGCACCCUUUUGGGAUUGAACAUCCAACGUUGCAGCAAAAUCAGCAGCAGCACCAUCGACGCUCUUUUAGAACAACUCUGGAGGUGCGAUAUACUAUACUGAUACCGAAUCCAUGAUUUCUGCGAUCAUACAAAUCUUCUGAGGAACCCUAGUUUCCAUUUCUUUUCUGGGUUUUGGUUGCUGAACUCCUAGAUUUCACCUGGAACUCGGGUUUCUUUUCCAGGAGGCAACAACAGCUGUUUUUUUAAUCCUUUUUUGCGGGUUCCCAUCUGAACUUGGGAAUCUGUUUCAAUGGCUGUUUUGUCACACCUGAGAAUCCAUCCCGGGACUGAGUUCUGGUGGCUAGGGUUUUAGCGUCACUGUCUUUUCGAGUUCUUGUCUCUCUCUCUGUGUUAGGUGUUCUGUGAGGUUGCGACUGAUGGUGCCUUUGUCUGUCCUGUGGAGCUCUCGGCCAUGGCGGUGUAACUUCUUUAGUCGCCAUGGACAGCUCUUCCUAGAAUCUCUUGGGGAGAGCUGUUUUUUUUUUUGGGUCAUCAUGACGCCGAAAGCUCCUGUUUUUGUCCCUUUUCCAAGGCAUUGUCCGGUCUGUUCCAUAUGAACACUGUACUCUUAAAAAGUUCCAUGAACAUUACAUGUAACAGAAUCUCUGUAUCAGUUGAAGCAUUUUCUGUGUUCUCA